ACAAAACAAAAAUAAACAAAAGAUUAGCUUUUCCUUUCAAAUGAUUUAGGGCAAAGUUUUAGCUUCAAAUCGAGCACUAUGGAAGAGAAUGUGUGUCGAGUUUGCCAGGAAUCCUCGGAUAGCUUGGUCCACAUUUUUAAUAGCAAAUCAAAAAGAAGAAUUUCUCUGGCAGAAAUCAUUGCUCGAUGGAUUGGAAUUGAAGUUUGUAGAGAGGAUUCCUUGCCUGAAACUAUUUGCACAGAUUGCCUAGAUGAGGCGCUAAAUGAAUAUGAUACAAAACAAGGGGAAAAAGAAAGAAAUCGAAUGGCUAAGAGGCGCAGAUCAAAAAGAGCCGAGGUCCAAUUGAAAGUCAAAAGCGAGCCAACCGGAGAUGAUACUUUUGGUGAGGACCCCUUGCUGCUUUCCCACUUUGAUGUUGGAACCCCUGAUCCUAGCUUUAAAGAUAUUCUUGAUAGCACCAAAGAUGAGGAAUUACACAAGCUCUAAAGUGUUCAUUCUGCCAGAAGUCAUUUUCCAAAAAGGGAAACCUGCAAGUGCAUAUUCGGACCCACACUGGAGAGCGACCGUUUAGAUGUACACAGUGCCCCAAGUCUUUUCACAGAAAUAUCAUCUUAAAAUGCACUUGAUGACGCACACAGGAGAACGGCCCUACCAGUGUUCCCUGUGCCUGAAGGCCUUCUCACAAACCGGAGCUCUGCAACGCCACAUCCGGACCCACACAGAAGAACGGCCCUACAAGUGUUCCUAUUGCCAGAAGUAUUUCUCACAAAAAGCAAUCUUCAGCAACACAUCCCGAUCCACACAGGCGAACGUCCUUACAAGUGUGAAAUUGCCCGAUGGCCUUUCCCCUAAAACGUCAUCUUAAAACACAUAUGGCAAGUCACACAGGAUACCUACCCUAAAAGAGGUACCUCAAGAAGUCGGUACAGAAAAUAAAUACACCAAGCGAAUUGAUUAAUAAGUAGGCCGGUAUAUAAAAAGGAUUUAUAUAUAUAUGCAUUUGUACAUAUGUAUAUAGAUAAUAAAUAUCAGCAAUAUUACAGAUACUCUAAAGCUGAAAAGGAUUAACUGGCGUGAAUGCGUGUCUAUUGUGAGAAGUAUUUUUGUUGUAAUGAAUAUAAUAAAUAAUACAU